AUGGCUGCUCACCGCCUUGUGUUGUUGUUAUACGGGUCCCUCGCCGAAACAGGUAAACCGAAGAAGAAGCGCGCCAACAAAUCGUGCAAGCGAACGGUGUCGUUCCCGCCAAUGUUCCCCACCAUUAUUGAGAAGGUUGAGGAGGAAGAGAGGGCCGCUAAGGAAACCGCCAAGUUGCCACCUUCACCCCUUACAGAACUCUAUGAUGGACUCACCCUAAAGCAACGUCACACAUGGCCGCGUUUCCUGGGAGAUUGGGCGUUCGUAGACGGUGUGCCCAAUCGUGGAGGUUCGACCGGAAGUGAUGACGGUAUAGAGUACAUCGACUUGGAUGCGAUCGACAACGAUGACGUCUUUGCUGUUGACGCUAAACCGAGUGACGUCCACCCUCUGUUUUUUCUCGAUGUUGACGACAAACCAUCAGAGGCUAAAGACGUCAAACAGACGACACAGAGUAAGCAAGAACAAAACAACAACCAAUCAGACAAAGCGGAACCAAAGCCCAUAUUAGUCAAAAAGUCAAGUCAGCCGGAUAAUAAGACUGCAGACAAUAAGGAAAAUACCAAAGACAAUGGUAACUUGAAAGAUCCUGCAAAAACGCAGUCAAAUAGCGUUGUGUCGGACAGUAGAGGUAAGGCAUCGCCAGGACCUAAGGGUAUUCUGAAAAAGACUAAAGAGGAAGAACCGAAACAAUCAAAUCUUAGCAAGACGCCCAAAGCAGACGACAACUCACAGUCAAAGAAAGACGAUGUUGUUAAUAUUAAACAAGACAGUGUGGUAAAGCCAAAGGAAAGUGACAAAAGGGAAAAUGACAAAAAGGGAAGCGAAAGAAAGUCUAUUACUGGUGAAACUAAAGACAUGUCCGCUAAUACACCACCGGUUCCAGAAAAGAUUGGUGAUCUGGGAAAAGUAGAACUGAAACCGGUACAAAUGGCGGGAAAGAAAGAAGCUACGUCUGCCCAAGAUGGCGGAUCUGUCAAGACAGGAGGCAAGCAGAAGAUUGUGGAAGGUGACAGCAAGGAGUCUGCUGUUAACAAAAACCUUCCAGGAAAGACUGGGGAUGUAGAAACGGCUAAAGUGAAGCCAGUAAAAGUGGCAGAAAAGAAAGAAAAUACUCCCGCCUUGGAUGUUGGGUCUACAAAGACGAAACCGACUGGCAAAACGAGUCCGUCUGUUGACAAGAAAGAUGCAGGAAAGCCUGGAGAUAUCGAAAAGGUUAAACUAAAAGCGGUAAAAUCUGUGGAAAAGAAAGAUGAUAUUUCUGCUACAGAUACAGGCAAAACUAAGGUUAAGGAAUCCGGGAAAUUGAGCUUAAAAUCGGAAAAAACUACAGAAGUGAAAGAGGAUGCAACCACUAAUGGUGUGAAAAAUGAGAAAGCAAGCGAAAAAAUAAAACUGAAACCUGUAACACCUACCACAAAAGAAGAGAAGACUUUGACAGAUGCAGGAGGUGAAAAGCGAAAUGGAGUUGAAAAAGUGAAAUUAAAAUCGGCAUCAUCCGCAAAAAAGAAAGACGAUAUAACACAAGUUAAAACGCAGCAGCAAAAAGCUGUUGAAAAGGUCAGUCCAAAAUCAACAAAACCGCUUGGCAAUACAGAGGUGAAAGGCAAUGACGCUGUGAAACCAGAUAAUUUCAAGAACGUGAAAUUACACUCGGUUAAAAAAGUGGAAAAGGGUAGGGAUGCCUCUCCUGAAGUAAUUACCAAGCAAAAAGAAUUCGAGAAAGUCAGCUUAAAAUCAGUUGAAACGAAACCUGAAAAGAUUCAAGUAAAGACGAGAAAUCUCGAGUCAAAACCUGAGGAAAUUAAGAAACUGAAACUUAAAUCCGUAAACGGCGGAGAGAAGAAAACAACUGAUAAGAUCAAUUCUGUAAAUGCAGUAGAAUCAAAAUCUAUCGAAAUCAAAAAUAUAAAGUUGAAAUCAACAAAAACAACGAGCGUGAAACCACUAGAAGCAAAAUCAGAAGUGAAGUCAGAAAUCAAAACGAAAGUGAAACUAAUACCAGUUUCUAACGAUGCACAUACAGCUGGAGAUACGAAACAGAAACCAGGUGCAUCAACUUUACAGUCAAGGGAUAUAACAAAUGACGACACAAGCAGGGUUAAACACAGAAGAGCGAGCGAGCCGAGGAUAAACAAAAUAGAUUUCAUGAAACAAAUGUUUGAAAGCAGAGUGGAGAAAGGCUGGCGGUCUCGUAGUGCGGAAAGGCCUAGAACGUCGGCUACAACCACUGAGAAACAAAAUUUGUCUAGAGAUGAACCCAUAAUUUCACAGCACCUUGGCGAUGCCAUAACUUCGCAAAUCCUUCACGAAACAAAAAACAUAAAGUCGUGGGUACAAGCAAAGAUUAUCAUCGAGGGGGAGACAACACCACAACCGAAGAAAUCUUGUGAAAAGGAGGCCAGAUCGAGUCCAUCUCCAACAGUCGGGGAAGUCCGUACGACUGCGACUUCUCGGAAACAAGAGACUAUCACCAAGCAAAGUGAAAGUAAGCAAAGCACAUCGAAACACGAAGUGGGGCUUAAAACGAAAGUAGAAAAAACCACGGCAGUACAGAAGGAUUCGAACAAGAGCUCAGCUAAGCAGAAGGAAACUCACGAAAAAAUUACGCAGAUAACCACAAAACAAAAUACAACUGUUAGAAAAGAGACCGUCACAAGGGAAGUAAUUCAAACUACAACGAAGGCAAAGUGUGUCGUCGAUCAAAGGGCGGUAACUGGAACUACGAUUAUGGAAAGGCAAAAUGUCAGCCUAGGACGGGAAGUAACUAAAAGUAAACAAAAGGAAGAAAUGAAGACCUCUUUGCAAAAACAAGUAACCAUGACAACCAAGAAUACGGAAGAACAUACGACUGUCAGUCGGGGAGGUCACAGCAAUGUGCAGUCAAGCCAGAUGAUGAAACAGACAGUGAAAACUCACCAGCAAAAUCAUAAAAACAACGGUGAAGACAGGCCUGUUUCGACUGUUCUAUUACAGGUCCAUGAAGUCCGGCAUUCGACAAUAGUCGGAGAACAGAACACAGCACAGAAAAGCGAACCGGAGCUGCAUCCCAGGACUGUAAAGCCGAGUCCAGGUCAGGAAUACCUGAACAUCAGAAAAGCAAUUUUAAAAAACGCCAAUUUUGAGAUGGGUGACGAAACAGUGACCACAGAGGGUGCUGUGACACCAACCAGUCAAUAUCCUGGUGUUACCGAUACCAGUUCGUGUUCUAACCGAAGGAAACCAGCUUCUGACGGAUUGUCUGGUUUAGUUCCUGAACGUAGUGAGCGUGUUCAAAGUGAGGACGAUCACGAUCGUAGCUUUUCUGUAAAUAAUGCUUCUUGUGACUACAAUAAGACAAUCGCUAAAGCGGAAGGGAAGCUUAUUAGUAGUGAUAAAUGCUGCAAAAGAUCACCAGAUACUUCUAAUGAAGGAGCGAAGCUUGUUAGCAGUGAUAAAUGUCUCAAGAGAUCACCAAAUACGUGUAAUGACAAAACGAAGGUUGUUAGUAGUGAUACGUGCAUCAGAGGUUCAUCAGAUUCUGCUAACGGGUCAUUACCCAAAACUAGUAUACAUUUGUCUAUGCAAAACCCAAAAGAAACCCGCCUUACGAGAAGUCAGAUAUUCCAUUUGUUGGAAUCAAGACAAAGUGUAAAUUUAGGUUCAGACGAAACGAGUGAAAAUGUGCAUGCGUGCUCUACAAGAGGUGGAAAGUACGCGGGUGUGCAGAAUGGUGACGUCAGAACAGACGGCAACAGGUGGGAUGAUAAUCCCAUCAAAACGGAAAUCAAGAAUAAAAUUAACGAACAGAUUGAACUCAGGAACUCGCCUAAGACGAGCAGAAAGCACAAAAUAUCUUCGAAAGCGAAAGUGUCGUCUGGUCAAACAAAACUGAUUGAGUCGAGUCAGCCUAACAUUAGGUCCCCCAUUACGUUUUCGUUCUCGAACUCUGUAGCCCGUCGCCAUGGCAGCACUUCGCCACAGUCGCGGGUCGAUGUGCCUGUUGUAGAAUCCGGAGAGUCCAUUAGAAGUCGUUUAGAGUUAUUUCCCUUCCGACGGAAAUUUGAGUUUGAGGAUGUAGCUUUUUUGUUGUGUAUGCUGACGUUUUCUGCCCUCAUGACUGGCAUGCCUUCGAUGAGUUUCGUUCUCCUCGUUAUAACGGUAGAAUUGUUGUAUGUAUUGGUAUUUUGUUGUUGGACGUAGCGAUUUAAUUUAUUUAAUACCAUUGUGUUCAUAAAACCAUAUAUAUCAGUUGAACCUGAAGUUAGUCCACUACUGGCCAUAAUAGUUUGUGGGGGGUUUUUUCUCUCAAAAAAACAUUUAGACCUCACCGUUUAAUGGUAGAGGUCUCUAUCACUGUGGCUCGAGUCUCUAUCACUUCUCUGAGUCUAGUUCAAAGAGUGUAAUUGUUAGGUCCUUGAACAACCUAUUAACGUGCCCCUGUCCUCAAAAAGAUUCUGUCACCCAGGGACCAGGGCUUGUGCUUAAACAACUUUUAGAGUCUAGACUCGGGCUCUAAUAGAGACAGUAACGUCAUGGUAACGCCAUACAAAGUGCAUGCGUGUGACGUCAGUUGAGAUUGAGUCUGGACUCUAAAAGUUUUAUAAGCAAAAAAACCCAAAAAACACCACAAUUUAUUCUUGAACUUUCAGUGUUUAUCUAACACUUUUUAGCAGUAUUCUGGUUGUCAAUUGCUAUAGUAAGCUGUCGCAUAUCUUUUAGACCGGGCACCAAAAUUAAUUCUGGACUUUAAACAGGCUUUUCUGCCAGAACAUAAAUUGAGUGUAUGUAAUAAAAACAAAACAGAUCAUAAGUGCCCUUAGUAGGUGAUUAUGGGUUAGAAAUGUAUUUAAAUAGGACACUGCAUUUCAUGCGGUUUCUCGCUAUUUCUCGUUCCAGCCAGUGCUCCACAACUGGUGUAACAAAAGCCGUGGUAUGUACUAUCCUGUC